GUUAGUUUUGCUUCCGGGCUAAAUCGAAAUGAACAGUGAAGACACAUUUCAGCCGGUAAAACGCGAUUUAAAGGAUGGGAAACUCGCUUUCAGUGUUUUACAAGGAUCCCACAUGAAAUGCUGAUGGUUUUAUAAGCAUCUUCAUACCUGCCAGGAUGGACCUUGGUAAGGCAAAGCUGCUUCGGACUGGUCUCAACACUCUGCACCAAGCCAUCCACCCUGUGCACGGGAUAGCAUGGACGGACGGCAAGCAGGUCUGCCUGACAUCUCUGUAUUUCAUCAACGGCGAGGUGAACUUUGGGGACACAAACGUUAUUGGGCAGUUUGAGCACGUUUUCGGGCUCUUCUGGGGCCCACUGUGCUGCCCUGACUCCCCUGCCUUGCUGGCUGUUCAGCACAAGAAGCAUGUUACCGUGUGGCAACUGCAGCUCAGCGCGCUCGAGCAGAACAAGCUGCUGUGCACUCAGACCUGUGAGAUGAGUGAACCCUUCCCGUUGCUCUCACAAGGCUGUGUGUGGCAUCCUAAGCUGGACAUCCUGGCUGUGCUGACCAAGAGGGACACUUCUGUGCUGUUUUCUGUCAGAGUGGACAACAGGAGAAUCAAAGCGGACAUCAAAGGUAGCGGACUUAUCCACUGUGCUUGUUGGACUAAGGAUGGCACACGCCUGGUGGUGGCUAUAGGGAGUUCUCUUCACUCUUACAUCUGGAAUGACAUCCAGAAGAGUCUGGUGGCCUGCUCCUUCUGCCCCAUAUUUGAUGUGGGAGGCUACAUCUGUGCCAUCGAGGCCACGGGGGAGGCUCAAGUAGCCGUGGCUACGGAGCUGCCUCUGGAUAAAAUCUGUGGGUUAAACGCCGGCAUGGCCUUCGACAUGCCGACAGAAGCGGAGUCCCUGCAAAGCCACGGCUCGCAUGUGGUCAUGUCAGAAGAAGACCACCUUAUAGACUCGAGAAGACGAUCACUUGAAUCAGAGAGGUCCUACAUCCCCAGCUCAGGCCCUCUGGACCUCACCCACCUCUUAGCGAGGCACCGCCGCUCUGACCCCAGCCCUCUUAUUCACCUGCGUCGCAGAGACACCAUGACGGGCACUGGCCAGGACUCCUCACACCUCAUCCUGGUCAAGUAUGAGCGCAAAGUCACUACCAGCCGUAAAGUCAGCAUCCCAGGGAUUUUGGUUCCAGACAUUGUGGCUUUUGACCCACGUGGUUCCACAGUUGCAGUGGCUUCCAACACCUGCAGCAUGGUUCUUGUGUACUGCAUCACAGCCUCUGCCAUGCCGAACAUUCAGCAGAUCUCUCUGCAGACGAACGAGAGGCCCAAAGGAGUGUGCUUCCUCAACGACAAGAUGCUGCUGAUGAUGGUGGGCAGGCAGAAGUCCAACGACCCUGCCUUCCUUCCAUCGUCUAACACAGAUAAAUAUAUCCUUCGUCUCGUAGCCAAAGAGCUGAUGCUGGACGGGGAGACUCCCAUCGCACCAUCCCCCUCUCCUCACAACCACGAGUCUACUUCUAAUUUCUGCGCAGGGAUUAGGAGGCACUCGGAGCACCUAUCUAAGGAUGACAAGGAGCGCCCAGGGAUAAAGGACUUGGUGUUACCUGGAGGGGGAGUUGUUCGUUCACCUAGCAACAGGCGCAGGCUGGUGGAGGAGGUGAGGAGCGGCGAGCCCAGCCCCGUCACCAGCUCUGUGGACUUCUCCGACAGAGCAUCAGCCGUGUCCAGCGCCUCCUCCAUAACGGUGGAGAAUUUCGACAUGGACCACGUCAACCGCAUGACCAGCCUGGCGGUGGCCGGCCAGCUCAGCAGGGACUCCAGCCGGGCCAGCUCUCCUCGCCUGGAGCCUGCAGACAAGCUCCACACGGAACCCACGCUGCCCAUGCCUGAAAAGCCCCCGAGCCACGCUAAGGAGCGGGCACUGGAGCAGCUGGUUCAAAACAUGGAGAGGCUUUUUACACGCUUCGCAGAUGUACAGCAGUGCCUGACAGAAAUCAGAGAUUAUACCCAGAAUGGCAAGAAGGCCCUGAGCGUCUACCCCAACGCCUGUGAACCCCCGUAUGUCAACGUCACCUGUCAGAAGCAGUUAUCAGAAAAUGUGUUUAUUGAUGAGCGGAGGCCGGUGCUGCUGUGUGACGGGAAGCUGUGUCUGCGUGCCCUCCAAGACCUCUUCAACCUGACUAUUGUGGAGAUGAUGUACGGUCCAUUGUGGAUCGUACUCGUAGCAGACGCAGACGGCUUUGUGCCUCUGACGUUCAAGCCCAAAGAGGAGCUCACGGUGCGGAACGGGAAGAGGAAAACAACCCUACGGACUCCUGGGAGUCCGGACAGCUCCGUCCCAUCCAGUCCGGCCCCUGGCCAAAGCCCCAGCAUGAACACUGAGUCUUCCACAUAGUGCCUCUGAACACACACCUCAAUUUAUGGACUUGUGCAGUUGUAUUCAUGUUACUUUAAUAUAUCUGGCUGGAUCCAAGUAUGCAAGGCCCUUGGAUCUGAACUGAAGAUGCAGAGUCUCAGUAAUGCAAAUAGAUACAGUCGGUGUGUAGUCAUAGUUGGGGGGGCGUCGUCAGAGAGGGGGAAACGGUCCUUUCCUAAGCCUGUAAAUGCUGGGACAGACUAUUACAUUUACUUUAGAUAUGAUUAAUUCAACUUACCCUUCAGCCAUUAUUGCCACGAUGUAAUAGACAACCAAGUUUUUUGAAUUCCAUGCACAUUUCAGGACAGUAUAGCAGCUCUAACGCCAUUAGCCUAUGUUUUGACGAUGUGCAAUGGAGUUCUCAUGCACAAUUUGAAAUCUCAAGAACACUAGGUCCUUGGAAGUUCACUACUUUUUAACCUGUGGAUAAACAAUCUAACACUGUUUGGAAAAAGAGUUUGUUCCUUUUUGUUUAACCCGUCACAGCCCUGAAAUCACCAUCAUCAAACUCACCAGACUCCAUUUAAAAAAACAGUGAUUAUAGCGUGUAUAGAGCCAACAUGUUUUCACAUGUAACUGGGUGACAUAAGGGUUAUUUUGACCAAACUUGAGCUGGUGGUUGUGGGAACAGUGAAAAGAUGAACCAAGAUGGCUCCUGUGAGUUUUAUUUUGUUUCUAUCAACUUAAAACGAAGUGUGUUUUAUGAUGCUAAAAUUACUGAUUAUUUACAUGGAGUCUGGUGGGUUUGACGGUAGCAAUAUUAAGGCUGUUUCUAGUGAAGGAAAAAGGUUCUUACUCUUUAACAAAAAGGUCUAUCUCUGUCGGGUCGCGUCGAUAAUCUUGUCAGACACUUGUAUUAACAAUAUGAGCCUGUCAUUGGCAAAAAUAAGCACCUUUGGUGGAGGGUAAAUUGGCAGUGCCAACAUGACCUGAGUGUUAACAUUGAUUUCUGGCAGCUCAAGACUGGACCAGUUUCAAAAAAUGUUGUUCCCAUUAAUCACUUUGUCACAGGAUCAUGGGAAUAAAUGAUCCAAGUUGAAAAAAUACCUUAACUCUGGAUUUUUAAGUUUAUUCGACAUGCAGAAAGCCACUCCCCCUUGGUGUGAAAGAAUGUGACGUUUGGUUGGCGCUCCCAUAAAUCCCGACUGUAUCUACAACCAGAGUUAUAUUUCAGACUUAUUUUUGUAUUGAACAGUAGUGGGGAGAUUAAAAAUGCUGCCUGUUCAGAUGUGAUGUUUACAUGUUACUGCUUUAAAGUGAACCUGAGUGAAGUUUGAGCACUGAGCCAUGUUUUUCCUUUUACUUUUUUUGUUGACAAAAUGCAGUGCAGUUGUGGAGGACACCAAAUGUAGUGCCAUUGCGCUCUACUAACGGCUUUGAGUACUUCUUUAGAGAUCAGUUUAAGUUUAAGACUGCUGUUCUGGUGCAGGAACAAUAGAGGCUAAUGUACUGUAUGUAAAUGUUUCCUAUUUGUUGUUACUGGAGUCCUGCAGGAAUCCCUGCUUGUAUGAAAGUCAGGUUUUACCCAUAAAAUGUCUGUACUGACACUUUUAUGCUGAAUAUGUAAUUUAACUUUGUUAUACAACACUCUGGGUUAAAUAUAUUCAUAUCAUAAAUGUUGACAAGAACACGGUUGAAACUCGUCAUUUUGCAUGUCUGAUGUUAUGAAGCGCAGUAACACAACUGCCCACCAGAGGGGACAAGACUCAACAGAAACUUCCAUGUCAUCACUAUGCAGUGUUGCUCGGAGCUCCAUUGAAGACCAAAUAAGUGAAAGUGUAUCUUUUGGUAGCUUUUUCCAUAUUAA